AGGUGGACUAUAAGAGAAGUACUCUGACUGUGAGAGACAGAAAACAGCAUGGCACAGGUAAACACCGAGCUGUAUGUGAAGUUGUGUCCACCUGAGGAGAGGCUGGGAUGACCGAUGCAGCAGCCACCCUCUGCGGAAGCAGCGACAAAGACGUACUAUGAGAUAAACCGGACUAUUUGUUUGCCACACGAUGGACGUAGUAAGAGUAAGAGACCCGGUGUUGCUUAUUUCAGCAGCUUGAAUUAUUUCUGAUUAGAAAAGUAUUUUUAGAUGCUGCUGAGAGAGGAUGAAAUCCUUUUUAGUGUGCUGUGUUCUUCUGUGGGCGAAUUUACGGCGGAGCAACACGCAGGGUUCUGACCCUGCCACAGUGUUGAACUGCUGUGAAGGGGAUAUUCUCCUCCUGCUGGACUCUUCAGGAAGUGUAGCGAACUACGAAUUCUCACGCUUGCUGCUGUUUGCUGCUUCCCUGCUUCGCCCCUUUUCACUGGGCCGUGGGCACGUGAGAGUCGGCCUGUUGCAGGUGGGCACAAAUCCUAACUUAGAGUUCGGUCUGGAUGUCCACAACAAUCAGGGAAGCCUGCAGAGGGCUAUGCAGAAAGUCAGACAGCUGCAGGGAGACACCAACACAGAUGUGGCCCUCAGGGUGGCCCAGCAGCUUCUAAAAAAGACGGAGGACAAUGUGCCAAAGAUACUGCUGUGGCUAACCGACGGUGUGCAGCCUGGCGAUGUGGACGAGCUGAUGACAGAGCUGAAGGCGCAGGGAGUUUAUGUGCUAGCUGUGUCAACAGUACAUGGCAACUAUCAGGUGUUACAACGUGCAGUUACACCUCCUCUGGAGUCUCAUCUCUACUCUGUGGACAUCGAUAAUAUUGAAAUCAUCACAGAGGACCUAAGGGAGGCCAUUAUUGAAAUAAUCCAUGCAGACCGGCUGCGUGUGGUUCACCUGACUUCUAACAGUGCUGUGCUGCAGUGGCGUCCUGUUCUGACCAAAGACAGUGGUUACUACGAACUCUCUUAUAAGACUGCAUUGCAAACAAGCCCUGAGACGAGACGUAUUCUCACAGGUGACUCCCGCUGGGUAGAGCUGACCAACCUGCAGCCUGACACCCUCUAUAGCGCUUUCCUCCGCCCAGAGUCCAACCAGAGGGUGUUUAACACACUGUCAGUCAACUUUACCACACUCCCUGAUGUUUUAAGUCCAGCUGUGGUCACUCUGACAGACUCUGGCCCACGUCAGAUCCGUGUGAGCUGGGGUCCCUUGCAGCCAGCUCGAGUCCAGAGAUACAUUGUUGAAUAUGGAGUUAUUCCAAGCGGGCCAGCCAUCACUGUCGUGCUUCAAAGCCAGCAAAACUCUACCUUACUGACUGGCCUGAAGCCAGCCACUCAGUACCUGGUGACAGUCAGUGCCCAGUAUGCUAAUGGACAGCAAAUAGCCAUGUCUGUGAAGGCAUGCACUCAAGAGGAAACAGCUCUGCCAGCUCUGGAUGACCUUCAGUUGACCUCUGUGGGGAAUCAGGAGGUGAAUGUGGCCUGGCAGGCCAAUCAGGAUGGCUUGAAAGGCUACUGGCUGAGCUGGGAGAGAGGAUUCCCCAACAUUUACCCAAGCCCCCCUGCCUCUUCUGCCUACCUGCCUCCUACCUCUCAAGGAACACGCCUCACACAUUUAGCACCAAACAGCCAAGUGUGUGUGUCGCCGGUUUACAGCUCUGGACGAGGGGAUGGGAUAUGCUGCCCUGCGACAGAGUCCAGACAGCUGGAUGAAUAAUCAGGAGGCUGCAGUAAAAACACAGGAGGAAUUAUCCUGGCAAAGACCGGCUGCACAGGAGUACUAUACAGUUUUGGUGACAAUUUUCACUUUUAAAUAAAUUCUAGUGACAGAAAAGGUUUUAUUACAACUCCCAGUCUUCUGUCUGGACGAUGACUGGAAAAAACAGCCAGUCAUUAUUUAUUUUGAACCUGCUGGAAAUAAAAAUGUCUUCAGCUUUGUAGAAAGUCUGUCUGCCACAGCUCUAGAUAUUCGUCACAGUAAACACACAAUUAGGAGGGAUGUAGAGAAUUGAGCGAGGCAGUAUUUACAAGUUUGUGUGAUGAAGUGUCAUUGCAAGUGAAUAUUUAUUACAUGUUAGUUGUACUGUUCAGAACUGAAGACUUUAUUUUCUUUAAAUGAUAUGCAUCUCUUGACAUUUCCUAUCUUUUAAUUACAUAUUUAUUUUGCCAAAAUAUAUAGUAUGUAUAUAUAAUAGCCUCACUUACUGGAGAGAGGACAACAGAGUACAUUUAGAGUAAAAGGGCAAACAGUUGAUAAUAAGCAAGAAGAUAUUGUGUAUUUUUUGUCAUUUCGAGGCAUUAUUACCUGCAAAACAAAGUUUGAAUUAAAAUAAGUGCCCUACUGACCUGCAGCAUUAAUUCUGAGUAGGCUGAAUGGCAGAGAAAGUAACGAAGUACAAAUAUUUCGCUACUGUAAUUAGGUAGAUUAUUCAGGUAUCUGUACUCAAGUAUUUAUUUUUCUGGUGACUUUUUACUUUUACUCUCUACAUUUGAACACAUACUGGAUAUUAGUAUUUUCUACUCACGCUGUAGAAACAGGCUUGUUACUUGUUUGAACCUAAAUGGAUGAAUGAAAGCGUAAACGUAGCCGAUGAACACCUGUCCAUACCUCUCUGCACCGCUGUUAGUGUAUCCUUUCUGCCAGUUCAUCUUAGGCUGCCGUGACUGGUACGAUACCCUUCUGGUUUGUUUUUCAAAGUAAAAAUCAGAUCAGUUUGUUUCUGUGGUGAGACUUCUCCGGUUUUUACACAAUGCUUUUGUUCUGAAAUGUUUACAGGAUAGAUCUUUGGUCUUUGCAGUAACUUGUAAAGUUGCUUUGGUUUGUCCUGUGCAUCCGUGUGUAAUGUUUGUUUCUACUCUAUGUAAAGGA